AAUGUCGACCCAAUGUUCCCCCUGUUCGAACGACAUCUGUCAAGUGGAUCUUAAAGCGUCGCACCAUUUCGAAUCCGUCCGAUAAUGGCAGGCGAGACACCCAUCGAGUGGGAUUCCCUGGUCGUCUGGGAAUCCGCCGACACGGCGACUAUCUCUUCCACCGAUGUACAUGACCCGCUCUCCGCUGCUGAUGACGCGCCGUUCCCAGUCUGCGCGCCUCUCAACGCCAAGCUCUCGCUUUGGUGCGGCCCGAUCUACCGUCUACGCGUCGACGUCGUGAUCAAUUCGACUUGCGAGUCUAUGCGCCAGAGUGACGGCGAUUUCGGCAAAUUGUUGAAGGCUGCUGGACCCGAGAUUGCAGUCGAAUGCGACGCCGCUGGCGCGUGUCGCACUGGAGACGCUGUGUUGACGCGAGGGUGCAAGCUACCAGCACAGUUCAUUUUGCACACCGUCGGUCCACGAUACUUGCCCAAGUAUCAUAACGCUGCGGAGCAUGCGCUGCACUCGUGCUACCGUAGCGUUUUGACAGUCGCUAGAGAGAAUGGCCUGCGCUCAGUGGCUACUGGAUGCAUCUACACACCACGUAAAGGGUACCCGAGAGAAGAGGCUGCUCACAUAGCGGCAAGAACAGUGAGGCGCUAUCUGGAGCACUAUGGUGGCGAAUUCGACCGGGUUAUUUUAUGUAUGGAGUCAGUGCAAGACAUGAGCGUGUACGAAAGGGUGUUACCGCUUUACUUUCCGCGUAACUUUAGGGAGCAACAAGAGUCUCAGAAGUUGCUGGCCCCUCGAGAUCUUGGUAACAGCUUCGGUGAGCCCAUCAUUGCAGAGCGCAAGAUACGAAUCGGCAACCUCAGUAGCUCGUCAUUUGAUCCUGAACAACACAGCAACCAGCACGAGUUUGAGUACUUUCACAAAGAGAACCUACCACCACAACACUGCGCACUAUUUGACGAUGUCACUACAGCUCUCACAAACGAAGAAGCAGAAAGCGAUUUCCAGGCGUUUCGGACGAUGCUAGCUGAUCCAGACGCGGAGCGCUUAGGAAGACUGCAGCAGAUGCAGGAGGAACGGCAGCGUCGAGCAGCGGAGGUUGCAAUCGAGGAGCAGAAGCGCCUUGAGAAAGCUACUGCUAGCACUAAUGAAUGGGACUAUGUCGCUGCACUUCAACGCGCGAGAAAGGAAGAUUUUUCGGACCUACAGAGCCUCGGAUUCUGUUACUGUGGUGGCGUGGAUCUCGCGGGGCUGCCUGUAGUCGUCUACCUUGCUGGAAAGUUACGCGUGGACGAACUGGACAUGGAGCGUGUACUUCUUUUUGUUCUCUUGACUCUUGACACGCAACGUGCGGCUCUCACGGCAAGUAUCUCGCAAUUUAGCAUGCUUUACGUGCACUCGGACGUGACAAACGAUAACCAGCCGUCCACUGCUUGGCUCAAGCGACUCUUUCGUGUGUUCGCUGCAGUGGCAGCAUGCCACGCUUCAAGUGAUCAACCUCUGCAUAACAAAGAGACCACUUCGGCUCUUCGCUUUUUCUACGUGUUGGAGCCAUCCUUCAGCUUAAAGAUCCAGUUACUGCUGUCCAAGGGAUACUGUGAUGGUGGUGGAUUCUACAACCAGGUCGUGUAUCUGCAGAACUCCGACAUGUUGGACAGCAUUGCUCCGAAGCUCCAACUGCCACCGCAUAUCUACUCGUCCGUGUGAGUUUUGAUUCUUACUUGGUGUGAAUUGGCCGAAAGUAACCCCAUAGCUUGCACCGUUCGUUGUAAGAGAGGAUAGAGGCAUUUAUUUGUCUUUUUCAGUACAUCUACUGCUUCCAUUUUGACACCUGCUGUACGAUCAUCACCGAUUGCGCGUCGGAGCCUGCGACGAGAGUGUCGGACUCUGCAUGAACUGCCAGGGCGUUCCACGGCAGAGAUCCAGAGACGAUCGGCUGUACCUGAAGGCCACCCAGCCCCUUAGAGAAGCCGUUGGAAGAAGACGCUCCUAGCGAGCCGAACGGGGUCGAGAUCUGGCUACCUGAAGAUUCACUGUAACGCUCAUACUCGACCGGGUCGCGAGGGUUGCGACCGUGGUGGAAGUUCCAGCAGUUGACCACGGCAUCGUCGCCACCAGUGAAAAGAUACCGAGGAGAUGCAGAGUGCAGCUUCAGCGCUCGAACGGCACGUUGGUGGUAUCCCUCGGUGCGGAACGGUGCGUCAAAUUUACGCCGAUCCCAGAAGCUGAUGCUGCCGUCGUCAGCGCCAGUGAUCAGCAGUUCAGGUCGUGUUGGGUGCGUCUCUAAUGUUGUUAAAAUGCUUCUCGUGCUGGGGCUACAAUGAAACCAUUCCAAGUAGAAUUAGCCCGUUAGCGUAUUUCAAGACGCGAAAACACAAUUGAAGUGCAGCCAUCUAACGUACGCGCCGCAGGUCGUGACAGGGAACUGAUUGUUCACCGAAAGAUCCCAGACGCGAAGCUGGCUUCCAGGUGUCGAGCUAUCAAAGUAGAUACACAUUAGCUCACAAACCUCGCACACUUUCCAUGCACUAAUGCUUGAACAUACCCAGCAGUGGCAACGACAGAGUCACGUCCCAAAAACUUCACUGCGUUAAUCGGAAGUCUGCUCGUGUCCUUGUUCUCUGCGCACGUUCAACAUCCACAAACAGCUUCCAGCGUCAGUUUCUGCGUCGCAUACCCUUCAAACCCAUACCUACCAAUCUUCUCGAUGCUCACAGCAUCAUCCAGCUUGAGCCAUGCCAAAGCUCCACCGGCGCUGGCAGUCACGAGACUCGUUCUGUUCUCGCUGACCUCCACACACGUUGCUGCAGUGCCGGCAAAAACCUGCUCCCACUGUGGCACAGAAAACGCAUCCAGCGGUUUGGCAGAGUCUCCGUCGGUCAUGGAUGCACCGUCGUCUCCAGCACUGGAAGACACACGGAAGGCGAAGAUGCCGCCCGCCGAGGACGCACUGAUCAGCAAGUUCUCGCCCCUGGUCGACACGAACUGCAGAGCAUUUACAUCUCCCUCGUGCUCCACUUCGGCCAGUGUGCUCAACUCGCACGGACGCGCAUCACCUUCUCCACGUCUAGCAACAUCAACACAAUUCCAAUCAGUCGUCUCCUGUAUUGAGCAUCGAUUUUCCUGCUACAAACGCACCCAAAUUCCCUGCGGAGCUCCCUUUCGUCACGGGUUGGUCGAACAGGCAGAUGUAGCGAUACGUGGUUGGUCUGUAAAACAAAAAGACGGUAAGAAUUGAGAAGCUAAAAGCGUAAAUUAUCGACAUUGGGAGCCGA